AUGAAAGAGGGUAAACUAAAUCAUCAACUUCAGCACCAGAAUGGUCACCUUUCUCCUUUCAAAUUCGCCAAAUUGCUCGAUCCAGAAGCUUCCUGGGACAAGGACCAACUUGGUGAUGUAUUGCAUUGGAUUCGACAAGCAAUGGGCCUUGUAUUUGGAUUGCUUUGGGGUGCCUUUCCAGUGGUUGGGGGAUUUUGGUUUAUCCUCUUUUUAGUUUUGUCCUCUGGGAUCAUAUAUGGUUACUAUUCAGUAAUAUUGAAGGUUGAUGAAGAGGAAUUUGGCGGCCACGGAUCCCUUCUCCAAGAGGGGCUUUUUGCUUCUACAACUCUAUUCCUGCUUUCCUGGAUUCUAGUCUACAGUUUAGCACACUUCUGA